UUCGUACUGGAUCGGUAACAUUGGAAGUGAUACAUAAAUGGUAAGGGAACACGUUAUUUCCUAUGCCGGCUGCAACUCGUUGGUAGGAAAAAAAACAACGCGAUGUUAAGUACAUAAAGUAUUCCAAAGUUUCUUUUACAUACGUCCUUAUACGUUGACUGCGGUAUAAUCGUGUGACCGAUACAAGUGACAAAUUUUCCAAGUAAAAGGAUAUGUCAACGAAUAAAGAUAUCAGUUCGUUGAAAGACCAGGAUGAGAAGAAUAAACUCAAAGUUUAUUGCACAUUCUGCCCGUCGAAAAUGCUUAACGCCGGUGCGGCCCGAUUAGUGCAUAUCGAGUUUAAUCUACCGUAUAUACAUCGUAAGGGAGAGGGUGAAGCCGAUCAACAGGAAUUAUUAACAGACUACUGGUUGGUGGAAGAUAUGUACACGUUUGAAAAUAUUGGUGUUUCGCAUACAGUAGAUAACGUUAAAUAUCUAGCAUGUGCGGACUGUGAGAGGGGCCCGGUGGGCUGGCACGAUCUAUCUACCAAGAAGUCGUACAUCGCGCUAAAUCGAGUCAAACACGAAUGAUUUACAACAAAUAAAGUUUUUUAAUUUAA